UUUCAUCGCGGAUGCGGAAGUCAGCGAGAGCGGUGCUGUCUGAGUGAACCAAGCCGAGAACUGGGGGAAAUUAACCUUCUAGGAUUAAACAUAACAAAAAAAAAUUAUAAAGCUCAUCGUGUUUGGAGAAGCCACAGGAUUCAGCGAGCCAUCAUGCCGAACAUGGAACAGCAUUUGUUUAACCUAAAGUUUGCAGCCAAAGAGUUGCAGCGAAGCUCCAAAAAAUGCGACAAAGAAGAGAAGGCGGAGAAGGCCAAAGUGAAAAAGGCGAUUCAGAAAGGUAACAUGGAGGUGGCGCGCAUCCACGCCGAGAACGCCAUCAGACAGAAGAACCAAUCCGUGAACUUCCUGAGAAUGAGUGCCAGGGUGGACGCUGUGGCGGCGAGAGUGCAGACUGCCGUCACCAUGAACAAGGUCACUAAAUCCAUGGCAGGAGUGGUGAAGGGGAUGGACGCGACCCUGAAAAGCAUGAACCUGGAGAAGAUUUCAGGCUUGAUGGACAAAUUCGAGCGGCAGUUUGAGACUCUGGACGUUCAGACGCAACAAAUGGAGGACACCAUGAGCAGCACAACAACACUUACAACUCCACAGAACCAGGUGGACGGCUUGAUGCAGGAGAUGGCAGAUGAAGCUGGGUUGGAUCUCAACAUGGAGCUUCCACAGGGACAGACAGGAACACUGGCAUCUAGUGUGGCAUCUACAGAACAGGAUGAACUUUCUCAGAGGCUGGCUAAACUCAGAGAUCAGGUCUAAGUGGCUUGGGGUGUGUGUGUGUCUGUGUGUGUGUGUGUGUUUGUGAGAGAGAGAGAGAGAGAGAGAGAGGAAAAUGUCUAUAAGGAUGGGCAAGGACAGAGAAGUGUGUGUGUGUGUGUGUGUGUGUGUGUGUGUGAGAUCACCCUCAUCGUCGUCAUGCUCCGUGUCCGUGGCUCUCUGAUGUCCGGUGGAGGAUCUGCUGCUCUGAUCACGUCCCGUACGGACCUCCACACUCCCUCCCCAGAUGUAGGUCCCUCGCCGCCCCAGGGGCAGGAGUGUGUAGUAUGAUGUGUCUUAAUAUAGAGCUUCAUUACGCACGAUACACACCUCCUCCUCUCAGCUUCCUCAUACUCGGAACGCUCGCCAGAAACCAUGGAGGAAGUCGUCCCACCGCCGCCGCCACCGUAUCACCUGACGCAGGCUGCUCAGAGAUCUCGGCGCUAAAACCUGUUAGCUCCCGCGCCUGACGGCUCACUCGCUCGCUCUCACCGGACACAGAGGCCACCGAUUAAAACCCCCUAAUAUCCGAACACUAUGAUUUAAAACCCUGUAUGUAGAGUCCAUCUGAUCUAGUGUGUGAAUUCAGGAACACUUUACCGGUCUUGACUUAUAACACUGGGUUUAUAUUUAUAUAGAACUUUGAUCUUAAUUCUGAGAGACAAGAUAUUACAAUAUUAAAGAGUUUUUGAAGAGUUCUGUUAAUUCUUAACAUCGCUACUGAAGCGUACGUGUGUGUUAUAAACAAUAUAUGAAGUUUUAUACAGUGUCAUAACUCAAGACCAUAACUAAAGUUAUGCUGAAUCUCGUUUUUUGUUUGUUUUAUUUCACACUGACCGAAAUCACCAUGUCAGUUAUACCCGAGAAUAAUCAGGAUUCCCUGCCAGAUAAAAUUAAAGACCAUAAAAGAGGCGUCUAUUUAUUUUCAUUUCUUCAUUUUAUUCGUUAGCCACAUGAUAUAUGUCGUCUUCUUUUUUUUCCCCCUCUUUAUUGUGGGUUAUUGGGGAAAUUCUGUCUACGGAUUAAGAACUGAAAUAAAUAUUUUAUAACAGUUA